GCUGCCAUCAACUGUCGAACUUCUUCUCGACGAAGAUGUUUGCUUCCGCUAUUUCUCUCGGUUGCCAUUGGAUAAGGAAUUCGACAGACGCGUUGUUGAUAUACUUCACUUCGCUUCCGAUAUAGUGGAAGAGAGAUCUCUGAUUGUCGAUCAACCGUGCGUCUUUUCUAGUAAGACGAAUUCCAUAAUCGCAGUCGGAAGUCCGGGCAAUUGCUGGAAUAUUGGGUUUGGGUGCCUAAUUAACUACUUCGGAGUCGUGAUGCCAGAUGGAAGAACACGAUUCACUCUUACAGACGACAUCUCAGAGUUGGAAUUAUUCCCCAAUACAUUCGGCGCUAUGUGUGCCUGGCUCUCGCAGGCUUCGGGUGUCUUUAAUAGACUCGGAAUAUCGUUGGAUGAAGCCUUGGCUUACGCUCGUUGUGCCAGUGGUCUACUUGAGCGGAUCAAUUGAGAACUCCAGCAUCAAACACCAACGACGCUCAGAAGAUCCACCCAUCUACCUCUUCCUCCAUCCGCUCUCUUCAUUUCCGCUACUUGAAGAGGAUUCAGUCCUGCCCAUCCACACCUGGUCUCAUGACGAAAAUGGAGAAACACCCAUCCCACACCAUCAUUGCGAGUAUCUUGGUCUACCCACUAAGCUUAACGUGUCGGAAUCAUCAAGCCGCGCAUAUCGCUGGCCUAGCGAGACAUACAAAAUCAUCCACAAAUGGCAGGUUGCAAGAGGCUUUGAUCCAACUACAGCCGACUUUGCACGUUACCUCGAAUAUCCCAUAUAUGAAGUUCUAUCAGAGUCAGAGGCAGGCCGGUUCGAAGAGCUGAACAUAGGAUUAUCUGGUAGAUCGCCUGCCGAGGAGAGUUUGUCCCAGGACGACCUACGACAACAUUCUACGGUGACGGCCUAUGAUACAGAAGAAGACUCUAUGAACGUAGACUCGCCGAUUUCUGCUUCUCCCUUACAUGAUAUCCGUUCCAAACUGUCAACGUCCACGCAGCUACAACCAGGAGACGUUGACAUGGAGUUGGACCAAUGCUCCAUUCGCUUCGAAGGCCUUUCCACUGCGAGCGCACCAAUUACAGAUAUGGAGGUGGACUAAAAGGUCCUUGAUAUCGAAACUCCCGAUCAUCACGAGUGACCAUUUCGAGCAAAUGCAACUCUCAAGUUUAUAUGUUGUUUUUUCGGUACCAAUCUUUGCGCCUUGUACCUCGCCGCCAUUCAAAUAUUCACUCUUGACACGAAAAUGGGUUUCGAAGGUUUGAUUCGGGGUGGGGGGCCACCUCUGACAUUGUUGAACGACGAUAUGCUCCCACUCAUGAAGUUUGGAGAACGACAAACCGUUGCUCAUGCAUCAUUCAUUCAACC